GCAGGCGGCAGCUCGGGGCUGCACUCGGGGCCGGCGGCUGCAGCUCGUUGGCACCUUCCCCCUCCCUUAAUUGCUCCUCAGCCAACUCCAUGUGAGCCCGGCCGGGUACAAAUAGCCCCGCGCCGCGUUCCCCCCCACACCGCGCACCUCGCCCACGCCGCACCCCCGUUCAGUUGGGCAGUGGCCAGCCCGCCCCGCACCCUCCCGGGCAGCACCAGGGCACCCAGCCUGGGCACCCUCUCCGCACCUAGCUGCACCCCGGAGCCUUUUGUUUGUUGGUCACCCACAGGCACCAUUUCCAAGCCCAGCCCAGGACCGCAGCUCCCCCGAGAGCCUCCUGCCCCCAAGAGAGCCAAGCCCGGGGGAAGCCCUGCGAUCCCUGGACAAAGAAGCUACAAAGAACCCAGGACCGUCCACUCAGCCCCCUGCACCCCCGCCAUGAGCAACCUCAACAAGGAGAGCGAGCACAGUAACAGCAGCAACAACAUCGAGGAGGAGGUACGGACUCUCUUUGUCAGUGGCCUUCCUGUGGACAUCAAACCCAGAGAGCUCUAUCUGCUCUUCCGACCGUUCAAGGGCUAUGAAGGGUCACUGAUCAAACUAACAUCAAAACAGCCAGUAGGUUUUGUUACCUUCGAUAGCCGAGCUGGUGCUGAAGCAGCAAAGAACGCCUUAAAUGGCAUCCGCUUCGACCCGGAGAACCCACAGACCUUGCGGUUGGAGUUUGCCAAAGCCAACACCAAGAUGGCAAAAAGCAAGCUGAUGGCCACACCGAACCCCACCAACAUCCACCCUGCCCUGGGCGCACACUUCAUCGCACGGGACCCCUAUGACCUGGCUGGAGCAGCUCUUAUUCCAGCAUCUCCAGAGGCGUGGGCUCCCUACCCACUGUACACCACAGAGCUAACCCCUGCCAUCCCCCAUGCUGCGUUCACAUACCCAGCUGCUGCUGCUGCCGCUGCUGCCCUUCACGCUCAGAUGCGCUGGUAUCCUCCCUCCGAAGCUACCCAGCAAGGAUGGAAGUCUCGUCAGUUUUGUUAGUUCUUCAAGUCUCUUGGCUUGUUCCCUUCUUUGUCUCUCCAUGGAGUGAUGUGCCAGGGAUGAAGCAAUGGAUCCAUCAAAAUCAGUUUGGUUUGUGGACACUCUGCAGUAAUGUCACAUUUCUCCUGGUACGGCGUUGUGGGCUUCCCCGUUAGACUGUGCAUAUAUCCAUACCCAGCUCAGUGGACUGCAUUCUGCCUGUCCUCUCCUUCCCUCCCCCCGCCUCCCCUCCUAACAGAUUCCCAGAGUGAGUUUCUCCUUCCUGUGCCACUGAAGCCUAGAUGGAGGGACUCAAUCCUGGUGGUAACAGACGGGUUUGUCCCUACCAAGACACUGGUGCCAAAUGAAGCCUAGCUGUACAGAGCAAAACUCAGGCUGCCUUGCCCUCAACUUUAUGCAGCUCUGCUGAAGGAAAUGAAAGACAAUCAGUUUUGCAUGUUUUCUGGCAUGAAUUUAGAACACUUAACUUGUGUAUGUGUGAGUGUGUAAGUUUGUUCUAGCGUUUGUGUAACUGUAGCAACAGGUCUUGGCCUAACUAUUGAUCCAGCAAGGUUUUUCAUCUUGCUUCUGUGAAGACUUGGCUUUCAAAAAUCCUAUCCUUGUCUCACCCCUCCUUGUCCGCCUCCCCCGCCCUGCGUUCUCCAGUCUGACCAGAAGAUUUGAAAAAUGUUUGUUUAGAGUACAAUGCACUGGGUUUCUUUUCUUGUCCGGUCUCUUCUCGUUUUUAAAAAGUCAGGGUUUGUUUUUUCCUCAGACUUAUAUAUAGGACAGCUGUAAAAUAUCUAACUUUUUUCUCCCUCCUCUCCUCCCCCCCUACAUCCCUCUGAUUGGAGAGAUUCCAGUGUUGCCAAAUCAGCUAUCCUUAUGGGAAUUCAGAACAAAAAGUACGAGUAUUUUUGUACUAUGUGUAAUAAGGAAAUAUUUAUGCAUCAAAGAAUUUUUGUGUGUUUUUGUGUGCAAUUAUGAAGAGAAACUGUAAUCUGGUAAGAUAAGUUAAUGUUUAGUUAAGCUUGAAAGAAAAGUUUUUCUGUAACAAUGAUUCUGUCAGGCGUAGUAAACAAACUGUGCAAUUUUUGUUUUUUAUUUUAGCAUCUUAUUGCUUGGUAUUGAAGUGCUUAAGUAUUAUAUACAACCAUGGCUGUCUUGCUUGUAUUAAGACUUCUGAGAAUAAGUUGCUAGAGAAUUGCUGAUCCUAUGAGAAUGUGAAACUGGAUAAUAUAUGAAAUGCAAAAAAUA